CCUGUGUCAAGUCAGCUUAUAAUGCACAAAAUUUAUCGAAGUAAUUUAAUAAAUUAAUAAAUAAGUGAAAAUGAGUGAAGUGAAUUUGCAAGCUUUGGGUAAACGGAGUAAUGAUGGCCUCAACACCACUUUGAAGACAACGAUGCAGGAGUACGACACAGCACUCAAGGCAUGCGGUUUUGGAUUAUUUCAUAUAAGACUUUUAUGCACUUCCUUUGUCGGUAUGGCAUCUGGUAUUGUGAUAACGAAUACAGCACCCUAUAUAUUACCGAUAGCUGAAUGUGAUCUCAACAUGAAUCUUAUACAGAAAGGAGUAUUGAACGCCAUGCCUUAUUCUGGUAUGAUAUUGAUAUCAGUGAUCGCUGGCUUUCUAACCGACACAUUUGGAAGGAAAAUAUUCUUGAUACUUGGAUAUGGCGGUUUAUUUCUUUGUACAUUUAUAAGUGCAUUGAGUCAAAGUUAUUUGGUUUUAGUCAGCGCUAAAUUUUUCGAAGGAGUAUUAUUUGCCAUAUCUUUCACAUCGUUAUUGGCAUUAACAUCAGAAUUUUGUCACAAUGGAAUAAGAGAUCGUAUAAUGUUAUUGCAGUCGUCAUUCGCUGCGAUAUCUCAAAUUGUUGUAGCUCUCAUAUCCUGGACGAUAUUACCGAAUAAUUGGAGCAGUACCUUUUUCAAUGGGACAAUUGUGCUGAAUACAUGGAACUAUUAUCUCUUGAUCGUGUCUCUAUUCCCAAUAUCAGCGUGCAUCAUGUAUAUAUUCUUGCCGGAAAGUCCAAAAUACUGCAUAACUCAGAAGCGAUACGAUGAAGCGAGAGAAGCACUACUUCAUAUAUAUAAACAAAAUACAAGAAAGCCAGUCGAUACAUAUCCGUUUGUCAAUAUAUGGAAAGAUAAAAAUAAACUAGCAAUCGAUGAAACCCCAGAGCACGGAGCGCCGAAGAGCUUCAGUCAAAUGUUGUCUGUUGGUUUUCAUAACGUCAAACCAAUGUUCCACAGACCUUUGGGCUUAUACGUGCUCCUGUUUUGCACCAUGAAUUUCUUUAUUAUGAAUAUGUUCAAUGUCAUCAGGCUGUGGUUCCCGCAGCUGUCAACGAUCGUGGAGUACUAUGCCAAUGCGGAUACUCAAGAUUUAUGCGUGAUGCUCGAUAGUUACACCCAUGAUUUGAAAAUGCAAAGUCUUAAUGCAACCCCGGAUGAUAUAUGUGUGCCUAAAGUCAGUGGAACUGAAACGUACGUCAACAGCAUUAUACUAGGAUCAAUAUGCAUAAUUCCUUAUAUUAUUAGUGGAGUAUUGGUUAAUAAAGUCGGGAAGAAAAACUUAUUCAUAGUGUGUGGAGUAUUAUGCGUGGCGACUACACUUGGACUAAGAUGGGUGAAUUCGAAGUUUGGAAUAGUGGCUUUAUUUUCUACUAUAACAGCGCUUGGCCAAAUCGAAUUGAGUCUUAAUCAAUUUAUGGUUAUAGAUCAAUUUCCAACCACAACAAGGUCCUUAGCUAUCGGGUUGGUUAUGAUGAUUGGUCGCACUGGAUCAUUGGUUGGUAACAUAAUAUUUCCUGUAUUAUUGAACAUUGGCUGCAUCGUACCAUUCUUUACUAUGGCGGGAACUAUGACAUUUGUUACAUUGCUGAGUUUCGUGAUACCAGUGAAGAAAAAAUGAGUAUUGGGUGAAGAUUUUUGUAUAUACAUAAUUUAAUUAUUCUUAGAAAAAUAAAAACUUUUUUUAA